AUGAGUAAGGCAAGAAAUAAUAAAAAUUCUAUAAAACUCAAACUUCUUUCUUCUGCAGAUGGAAGAGAUGACUCUUCUUCAAUAUGGGUUCCAGUUUCUAAUAGGGAGUUUACUGAUGAUGAAAAAAAAGAAAUAAGAAAAAUCAUUGGAAAUGUAUAUUUCCAUGAUGAAUUAGAUAAUAUAAAUAUUGAAAAUAAGAAUUUAGGAAUUGAUGUAUCGAUACAAAAAGAUGAAGUAAACAAGGGUUUAGAUACUGAAAUUUUUAAAGAUAAUUAUUUCCCAGACGAUGGUUAUGAUUAUGAACAGCAUCUUUGUACAAUAAAUAAAAAUGGCAAUUACAUUAAUUCAACCUCUAAAAAUAGAGUAGAUCAGGAUUCAAGAUCUUUAUUGCUGAAUUCAACAUCAAUACUCUCUAAUUCGGAAAUAGAUGUUAAUAAAAAUGAUUUUGUAUCUGAAUUAGUUGAAGUUGCAAAUUGCUUGGAAGAACCGGAUGAAUUUGAAGAACUUAAUGAUGAUUUUAUAUUAGAUAUGACUGGUCUAAAGAAUAAAUGUGAACUCGAUAGGAAUAUUAAUAUCAAUGAUAUACUAUGGGGAGGGGGGAAAUUACAGCAAGAUUACAAAAAUGAUGUUCAGAAACUUGAUAAUGAAUUUAAUUUAUCAGAAUUAAUCACUCAAUAUUCUGACAAUUCAUCUCUUUUUUCUAAAGAAGAUCACAAUAAUGAGAGCACUGAUGACUUACUUCAAACGGUAUUGGAUGAAUACAGUGAUUAUUCCAGUACUUUGGAAGAUAAUACAAGUGAAUUUUGUUUAGUUAGAUCUAACAAAUUAGAUAUUUCAGAAUAUGAAAAUAUUCUGGAUAGAUAUAUAAGUCAAGCUAAAAGGGAAAAUUUGAUUAGGAGCAAGCCAGAGAAAAGUUAUGUUGAGAUUAACAAACCACUUGAUAAAGUUCAAGUAGAAAAGAUAAUCUCAAUAUUAGAAAAUACAGAAAUUUAUGACAAUUCAUCUGAAGACACACUAUCUGAAAUUUCGGAUUUUGAGACUAUUGAAAAUGUAGGCAACUGUUUCCCCCAAACCAAUUUUGAAAUAGUGAAUAAACCAAACAAAGUUGACAUAUCAAACUAUUACUCUAGUAUAAACAUUAAGAACCAAACAAAAAGUCGAACAUGUACCCAACAAAAAAUAUAUAAGAAUGGAGAACUCAAUUAUGAUCAAAACUAUAGCUACGAUUUAGAGGAUCCGGUCGCCGCAUCAUUACCUUUAAGAAGGAAAGAUGAGACACCAGAAGAUCGAAAGAAUAGGAAAAAAGCAGUGAAACAAGCAAAGAGAGAAAUGCGCGACUUAAAAAGAAAAAAUAAACAGAAUACUAAAGACUUAAAAAAGUCCGUUGUUGGGAGCUUAAUAAAUUCAAAUCAUAAUGAUAUAAAAAGUGGUGUUAGAUAUUUUAAAUUUUAG